AUGCUCUGGGUCUUCUUCUGGCGCGUCCUCCUUGGCAUCGGCAUUGGGGGCGACUAUCCGAUCUCCGCCUCCAUCGUCGCCGAACGCUCACAUCUAAAGUCCCGCGGGCAGAUGCUGGGCUGGAUCUUCAGUAAUCAGGGGUGGGGGAACCUGGUGGGGUGUGUGGUUAGUCUUGUGGUUCUCGCGUGUUUCUCGGGCGCGAUCGGGGAGAGGGGCGAGUAUGGCCAGCUCGACGCCGUGUGGCGGUUGCAGAUUGGCGUUGCGCUGAUUCCGGCGCUGGCGACGCUGUGGCCGCGCUUGACGAUGCCGGAGGGGAAGAAAUUCUUGGAGUCUAGGGAGCUGAGGAGUCCAAGACCGAAUAGCGUGGGGAGUGUCUUUUCGAUGAGCAGUCGGAGUGAGCAGCAGCAACGGAAGAAGGCGAGGACGGGGAGUAAGGAGGUUAUUGUUUCUGAGGGACGGGAAUUGCAGGCGGAAAUCGAUGCUGCGAGGGCGGAGAUCGAGCGCCAGGGUGAACGGGCAAGGUUCGAUGUUUUUGUGCAGUAUAUGAAGGAUUGGAGGCAUUUGAAGACGUUAUUGGGGACGAUGGGCUGCUGGUUUUUGUUGGACGUGGCGUUCUAUGGAGUCAAUUUGAAUCAGUCAAUUAUCUUGAGGGAGAUCGGGUUUACGAAAGGGGAGAGCGAGUAUGAGAGGCUAAGGAGGAAUGUUAUCGGGAACCUGAUCAUUGCAAUUGCGGGAUAUGUGCCAGGAUACUUUGUGACGAUUGCGUUGGUGGAGAAGCUUGGGAGGAGAUGGAUACAGCUUCAGGGGUUCUUGAUCUGUGCGUUAAUGUUUGCUGUCAUUGCCGGCGGGUAUAAUGUCAUUGGCACAGCGGGCAAGUUUGUAUGCUUGGGAAUUUUACAGGUAUGUCACCAUAUGUUGCGUACGCACUCGAACGCAGAGAAUGGGGAUUAA